CGCAGGGCACGCCGGGGAGUGUAGUUCUCCUGGUGACGUCCCGACAGGCAGCGCGAGAGAAGCAGGAAGUUAUUCCAGGAUGAAGGACUCCCUUACUCUGCUGACUCGGGUUUCUGCUCACCCUGACUCCCGUUGCUGGUUUGUGGCAUGGAAUCCCACCGGAACAUUACUGGCCUCAUGUGGAGGCGAUCGGAUUAUCCGGAUUUGGGGCAAAGAUGAUGUUUCUUGGGUGUGUAAAUCAGUCCUUGGCGAAGGGCACCAACGCACAGUGCGAAAAGUAGCCUGGUCACCCUGUGGAAACUACUUGGCAUCUGCAAGCUUUGAUGCCACUACAUGCAUUUGGAUGAAGAAAAAAGAGGAUUUUGAGUGUAUCACUACUCUCGAGGGACAUGAAAAUGAGGUGAAAUCAGUAGCCUGGGCACCCUCUGGAAAUCUUCUAGCAACCUGCAGCCGUGACAAAAGUGUUUGGGUAUGGGAAGUGGAUGAAGAGGAGGAGUAUGAAUGUGUCAGUGUGCUAAACUCACACACACAAGAUGUGAAGCAUGUAGUGUGGCAUCCUAACCAGGAGUUGUUGGCCUCAGCUAGCUAUGAUGACACUGUCAAACUGUACCGGGAAGAGGAGGAUGACUGGGUGUGCAGUGCCACACUGGAGGGACACACAUCCACUGUGUGGAGCUUGGCAUUUGAUCAAAAUGGAGAGAGGUUGGCCACCUGCAGUGAUGACAAGACAGUGCGCAUCUGGAAGCAGCAAGGAGCUGCUGUGGAAGAAGGAGUGAGCAAAGAUGAGGCGAGUUGGAAGUGUGUAUGUACUUUGACUGGUUACCAUACAAGGACCGUCUACGAUGUAGAUUGGAGCCGUUCAACAAAUUCUCUUGCCACAGCCUGUGGAGAUGAUGCAAUUCGUGUUUUUGAGGAAGACAGCGGCUCUGAUCCACUGCAGCCUACUUUUUCUCUAACGGCUCAUAUGCCUCGUGCCCACUCCCAGGACGUUAACUGUGUGGCAUGGCACCCUAAAGAGUCUGGUUUGCUGGCUUCAUGUAGUGAUGAUGGAGAGAUCGCAUUCUGGCAGUACCAACGUUCAGAUUAACUCUAAAUGAAACAAUCUAAUGGUCGUGCCCUUCAAAAGAGCUGACUGUAUAUUAGCAUAGGAUAAUCUCCUGCCUUCCACGGGUAUUGGAUUUUAUUGUAGCUUUAUUAAUCUACAAAUAUCAUUCAAG